AUGGACCCUGUCCCGCAACCAACUGGCAGCGUUUUUCCGGUGCGUCCCUCGUUGGAUCACCUUCUCGCAAUGGGAGACGACGAGGAGGAUAAUGAGCCGGAAGGGCAAACCCAAGAGCCCGAACCGCAGGCUUCUGAUGAAGGUGAAGUGGUGGAUACGGACAUAACAACUGUAGAUCCGUUGCCCGAGAAGUUGGAAGCUGCGAAUGAACAGGAUACCACCGCCCAGGUGGACCAGAAUGACGUCGACGACGAUGAACCGUCGGAAAUGACGGAACCGCAGCAACAGCCGGAUGCGCAACAGUCCACAAGAUCGGCCAAUCAGCAGCAGAAACUACUGGCCAAGGCAACCUUCGACAACAUUGCCGAAACUACGGACGAGCUCGCCUUUCGCAAGGGCGAAAUACUGACCGUCAUCGAAACCGACACGAACGGGCUGAAAGGAUGGUGGCUCUGCCAGCUAAGGGGUCGUCAGGGUAUCUGUCCGGGUAACAGAUUAAAAAUUAUUCAAUCGCACGACUCGGGCUGCUUCACGCUAUCGCCCGCCUCGUCGCCCUGCCCCACGAUCGACUCGACCACCAACCUCAACAGCCCGAUCCCGAGCGAAAUCUACGAGAACACGUCGCUCUGCAGCAACAGCAGCAUCAGCAAUGGCAGCCAGCGGCAGGGCAAACGUCGCUCCUGGCACAUCAUGCCCAAUAAGGUUCUCACGCCGCAAAAAUGUGGAGACGUCUAUCUGUAUGAUCUGCUGCCACCGUCGUCGGUAUCGCGCGGAUGUUCCAGCCCGUACCAGCAGCAGCAACACCAGCAACACCAGCAACACCAGCACUCAGCCCCCGCUGACGCGCUCGAUACAUACGACGUCCCAAAGCCGGCAGUACCCGUUGGCGGCGGACCCGUCGGCUACGAUCCGCACCAUCCGCUGCAGCAUCAGCACAGUCGAACCUCCUGGACCCGAACACCAUCGUACCUCCACGGCCAGCACCAUCCGGCACUGCACCUCCAUCAGCCCAACUCGCCCUCGCUCUCAUCGCCGUCACCGUCGGCUUCGCUGAGCUUCCCCCAUCCGCAUCCGUUCAACCACCACAACCACCACCUACACCAGCAGUACCCGCACCUUGCGCCAGGAGGCACCGGCUACCGGAUGGAGGAGUCGUACGACGUGCCCCGAUCGUUGCUCUCCCAGCAGCAGCACCUUACACCGAGCAGCUCCAAUUCGUCGCUGCUCACCUCGGACAGCUUCAGUCUGUCCUCCUCGAACCGCUCCUCGCUAGCGAACAUGCCCGACUACGACGUGCCACGGCGUAACCCGGUGUCGGUACGCUCGACACCGCCGCCCCCAACCGGCGUGUCCUGCUCCGGCCCGAUACCACCCGGUACACCGCUGUCCGCGAACGGGAGCUUCACCGCGAGCCACCACUCGAUGUCGAUGUCUUCGUUCGGUAGCAUGUCCACGUACGACGUGCCACCGAGUCACCAGCAGAGCUACGUGUCGAAGCUACAGCCACCGACGACCCCGGCCCCACCCAAAGAACUCCCGCUCGAGCUGUCCUCCGCGCUGGAAACGCUCGCAAGGCUGCAGAACGAGGCCACUACCGCAGUCACUAGGUUAUUAUCGUUCGUUUCACCAAACUGGAGGGUAAAGGAAAAGCUUGAUCCUAUUCUGAUGGAUCUGAAGUUGGCAGCGGUGCGCCUCCGAACGGCCCUUCACGAUCUUGCCGAGUUUGGCGAUGGGGCACUGGGAAAUGCAACCAAAGCGGAAGACAAAGGUUUGGCGCAAAAACUGAAACCUCUCGUGAAGGCGUUGCGUGAUGCGGAUAAGCUCGUACAUGAAGCAUCGCAAUGCCUGGACGCCCAGGGCUGGACCCUGGUGACACUGCAGCGCCCGGAAGCGACACAAAAACUGCAGCAGCAACUUCCACCGGACAGUCUCGAUCAGCUGAUCGCUUGCGCACAAACGCUCACCGAGGAUGUCCGCCAGACCGCUUCGUUCAUUCAGGGGAACGCGACGCUCCUCUUCAAACGAUCGCCACCGACCGUGUCCGCACCGACCACCCCGCAAACACCUACCGGCGGUGGCAAACCCACCGGCGGGCCGGGUGGUGCCGGCGGCGGCGAAUGGCCGGAGGACUACGAUUACGUCAGCCUCGAGUCGAAGGAAGCGUCGGCCCGCACGAACGCCGAAAUCUGCGACGCGCUCCCGCACGAUCUGAAGAAGAACUUCGAAAAUGUGGUCCGGAAUGCGGCGGACGCAGCCGCCGCCAGCGUCACCGAGCGGCCGGCUGCGGCCCUCGACCCGAACGACAAGUCCGUGCUGGUAUACUACGCGUCACAGACGGUCACCCACAUGGGCUACCUGACGCAGGCGAUCGAUGCCUUCCUGCAAACGGUCGAGCACAAUCAGCCACCGAAGUUCUUCCUCGCGUACGGCAAGUUCGUCGUACUGAGCGCGCACAAUCUCGUCAACAUCGGCGACAUCGUGCACCGGAACGUGUCGCGCGAGUGCAUCAAGACGCGCGUCCUGUCGUGCGCCGACGCGCUCUCCGAGGCCCUCAAGACGUGCGUAGCCAAGACGAAGAAGGCGGCCCAGAACUUCCCGAGCGUGACGGCCGUCCAGGAGAUGGUGGACUCGGUGGUGGACAUUUCGCAUCUGGCGAGCGAUCUCAAGAUUGCGAUGCUCGAAGCGGUCCAGCAGUGAAGUGCUGACCUCGCUUACCUAGAUCUCAUCGCUGAUCUUUUCUGUAAUCGUCGUAGCUGACGGAAGCAAGAAAGAAUACGAACAGAUAUCUACAUCUAACCUUCGCGACGAGCGGGCCCGACGGAGGAAGCAGAACCGUGUGGUGCCCACGAGCGCACAUGCUUUUCGAUGUGUGCAUUUAUGCCAAAUAUUUAUCGAACCCCAGACCCGGAGUUUGGAUGCCGGAGGGUUUGGCCCCGCAAGGCAAAACGAAAACAAACAGAAACAGAUUUCCUUGGUAACCUACCGUAAAACCCAACGUUGCAGCUGGUUUGUUCUUCAUUUAACGGGAAAAAAAUUCGUUAAAGUCCCCACGGAUUUCGUUGUAAAUAUUGUACAUUUCAUAUUUAAGUUUGCGUUAAGUUGACGUUACGAGAAACAAUCAUUUUCCGUAGGCCCCAUAGGGAUCCUCCUUCCCUUCUGGUUAGGUUAUUCUGUCCCAACACAAACACACAAGAGUGCGACUGCAAAAGACACAAGCCAAAUCAAUUACAAACUGCCAUCACCAUUUCACUCCAUUUUAAUCGUGACAUAAACAUAAAACCAACCUUCAUCCGCAUGGCAAUAGGAAAAUCUCAUAAAACUGAAGCGCGACGUAAUACCAAUAGAUCGGAAGGAAAAGGAGAGCAAAUGGAUGAAGGAGAAAUCAUAGUCAAGGGUUUAAUAAAAUAUUAUUGCUCAAACGUAAACCGCGCGAAGCGGAAGGAGCAACAGUCGUAAAGUAAGUGUCUAAACUGUGAAAGGGGAGCAUUGCUAUGUAUGUUACUACACGAAACGAAGAAAAAUCAUAUUACAUUAAGAAAAUAACAUAAUAAACGAUUUGCAAUUGAGUAACAAUCGUCUCUCAUAGAGUGUUCUCGAGACGGGAUGAAGUGCAUCGAAAAUCAGGGUUAAACUUAAAACGCGUAUCGACGAACCGAAAGUUUCCUCUCGGAAAUCUUCACGGAAAAGCAGACGACCUUCGCCGUUGAUUUAAUACUUAAAAUCCAUCUUAAACGUCAUGAAAUUGCAUUUUAUCCCGGAACAACAUCAUUUCUCUCAUUUCCCAGUUUCCCUGUCAGCCCAUGGCAACCAAGUCAGAAAUAGUAGGCUGAGAAAGAAAAACGGAUUCUUCGGAUGCCAAUGAGAACGUCGUGAAGUAUUCGACGGAACUAAAUUACGCAAAAUAAAUAAACAUCGGUAUCGGCUGU